AUUAAUAUCGAGAGCCAUACACGCGUGAAGACUGUCAUUGUUAACAAAAACUUUUUUCGAGAUCGAAGCUCUUAUCUGAAAAUUCGGAGAAGCUAGAGAGGUUUCUGAGAUGGCUCGUACUAAGCAAACAGCUCGUAAGUCUACUGGAGGAAAGGCUCCUAGGAAGCAGCUUGCUACAAAGGCUGCACGUAAGUCUGCGCCAACCACUGGAGGAGUUAAGAAGCCCCAUCGUUACCGUCCUGGAACUGUUGCUCUUCGUGAAAUCCGUAAGUACCAGAAGAGUACUGAGUUGCUGAUCAGGAAGCUCCCUUUCCAGAGGCUUGUUCGUGAGAUUGCCCAGGACUUCAAGACUGAUCUGCGUUUCCAGAGCCAUGCUGUGCUUGCACUCCAGGAGGCUGCAGAAGCAUACCUUGUUGGUCUCUUUGAGGAUACUAACCUCUGCGCCAUCCAUGCCAAACGUGUCACCAUAAUGCCAAAAGACAUUCAACUUGCACGCAGGAUCAGAGGAGAGCGUGCUUUUCUUGUGAAUACGUUCGCAGAGAUGGCUCGUACCAAGCAAACCGCUCGUAAGUCCACCGGAGGAAAAGCUCCAAGGAAGCAACUUGCUACUAAGGCUGCUCGUAAAUCUGCACCAACCACUGGUGGAGUCAAGAAACCACAUCGUUACCGUCCUGGAACUGUUGCUCUCCGUGAAAUCCGUAAGUACCAGAAGAGUACUGAGUUGCUGAUCAGGAAACUCCCAUUCCAGAGGCUAGUCCGUGAGAUUGCUCAAGAUUUCAAAACUGAUUUGCGUUUCCAGAGCCAUGCUGUCUUAGCUCUCCAGGAAGCUGCUGAAGCAUACCUUGUUGGUCUCUUUGAAGACACUAACCUCUGCGCCAUUCACGCCAAGCGUGUCACCAUUAUGCCUAAGGAUAUUCAGUUGGCUCGUCGUAUCAGAGGUGAACGCGCUUAAGAACCUCCUCCUACCCAAGAAAAAAACCGAUCAAGGUUUAUUAACUUCGCUCUGCGGAUUUGAUUUCAUGAUUGAUUGGUCUACUACUAGUUUUUUUUCUUUCUCGCAAUUGCUGUGUUUUUUUCUUCUUAAUUUCGGGUAUGUAGUAGGGAAAAAACCAAAUUAGUAGUAACAAGUCUGCAAUCUUGUGUUCUUUUAAGCUUAUAUGUGUAUUGCUUUUAACUCUUUGUUAAAUUAUUAUGUUUUUCUUAA